AUGACUUUGUGGCGGGAGGUCCUUGACAACAUGUUCCAGCUUUGGCAUAUUGCCGAAGAGGACCUGCUGGACGACGAGCAACAGUACCAGCUCGCCGACACUGGCCAGGGCCACCAACGAGUGCAAAAGUCGGUGCGCAGCGUAGUGGCCAUGCAGAAGAUCCUGGCGGAUGUGCAGCGCAAAGUUGGAGGUGAAACCUUCCGUGCGUUCGAAUCCUCAGACUUUGGGAUAUGA